ACAGAAAGGAUUGGUUAAUACAACCGUCGUGUUGUUCGAAUCCUGGCCAAAAACUCUUUUGACUUCUCCGAUUCCUAAUUUGUUAUUUAGUCUCAUAAGAUUCUUCUUACUCUCCACCGCACAAACUGAAAUCCUCACUUGUUUCGUCGUCGACGGCUUCAUGGGCACUGUAAUCGACUCCCAUUUCUUGGCGCUCACUGCCAUUGUCACUAUUGGGUAUCAACUAUCCUUCUUUAUAAUCACAGCUCUUCUCAAGUUUGACAAAGUCACUGAUUUCGCUGGUAGCACAAAUUUUGUGAUACUUGCUGUUUUGACUCUAGUUCUUAAAGGCAGUUGGCAUUUUAGACAGGUAAUUCUGUCUGUGCUUGUAGUGACAUGGGGUCUUCGCCUUGGUUUUUUCUUGUUAAUGAGGAUUUUGCAAUGGGGAGAGGAUCGGCGUUUUGAUGAAAUGCGUAGUAAUUUGGGAAAAUUGGCAGUUUUCUGGAUAUUUCAGGCUGUCUGGGUCUGGACCGUCAGUUUACCUGUCACAGUGGUCAAUGCAAGCAAUCACAAUCCACCACUCCGAGCUGCAGAUGUAAUUGGGUGGAUUAUGUGGUUAGUGGGUGUUGUAAUCGAAGCUACAGCUGAUCAACAAAAAUUAGCCUUUAAAAACUCUCCAGAAAGUAGGGGGAAGUGGUGCAAUGUUGGACUUUGGAAGGUCUCACGUCAUCCUAAUUACUUUGGUGAGAUCUUUCUUUGGUGGGGAAUUUUCGUUGCUUCCACGCCCGUUCUGGAAGGUGCCGAGUGGCUUGUGAUACUUGGGCCAAUAUUUCUCACAUUGCUGCUUCUUUUUAUCAGUGGGAUCCCACUACUUGAGCAAUCAGCAGAUAAGAAAUUUGGGAAUGUGACUGAAUACAUACAUUAUAAAAGAAAUACUAGCCCCCUGAUCCCACUGCCUACCGCAAUAUAUGGAAACCUGCCCUCGUGGUUCAAGAAAAUUUUUCUAUUUGAAUUACCUUUUUACAGCCGCAAUCUUCCCGAGGGCGACCUAAACUGGUAUAGAACAAGCAAGGGAGAAACCAGUGAUAGAUUGAAGAUGGGUUAGCAUUUGGACUUGUUAGAAUUCUACAAUUCUUGUUCAUUAGUUUGAAUAGAGCUUACAACACUGCUAGACGCGUUCAUCACCAUUCUUGCCACUAUUCCAGUCUUCCUCUUAUGAUGUAUCUAUUGAUUACAAAACCGACAUUGAUACUUAUCUUUUAUUUAUUGUAGUAUUUGUUAGUUUUGAUUAUUGAUAUAAAUUUAGUUAAAUAUUGCCCCCACACUAUUGUGUAUAAUAUAUUACAUUGUUGAUGCA